AGCCAUUCUCAGCUUCAUUCACAGAUUUAUUAGCUUGCACACAGAGAAAUUCAUUCAGAAAACUUCAUUCACAAAAACAGCAACACUCUCUUCGGAAUUUUAAACAAAGAAAUUCUGCUGUAACCUGGCUUACAAGGAAAAGCUAAAGAUUGCUCAAGGGUUGACAAGGAAGCUGCACAAAGAUGAUGAUGAUGAGUCUGAAGAUGUGAAGUAAAAUUGUGCUGAAGCAUACAAAUAUUGAGCAUCUUUUGAGAUUGCGAUGCUGAAUUACUUUAAAGACAAGAAUUAGAAGGCUUUGUAUUAAGAACCGUUGAUGACAUAUAGAUAAUUAUUUUGCAUGAUUUUGAAAUCCUAUUGUGGGAAUAAAGAAUGUGCAAUUGCAGAACCAUGAUUUCUUUCCAGUGGGGCAGCUGAAUACAAAAUUCUAAGAACAGGGCUUGUGAGGUAUCGCUUUGGGUUGUUGCUAAUCUAAAGGUGGUGUUGAGAUUCUAGCUAUCUUGUACUGCUUUCUGUAGAAUAUAUAUAUUUUUAGCCUUUACUGCAGCCAGGCAUUCACUGUUAAUGAUGCGGGCUAUAACAGUGAGUGUUCAAAGCUGAGAACGAUUUAGAGGCUUGCUUGCUUGCUUGUGGCAGAAGAGAUUUUAAGUAUGGAUAGCAUCUCUUCAGAUUAAACUGCUGUAGCAUUGUUAUAGCUGUGUGUAUGUCCUUUAGAAUGAUUUACGGAUGACCACACAGACUUAAGCUAUGUUCGUUAAGAAAAAUAAGACACUUGUGAACUAGUGGACAAAAAAAACAACAGUUUAAAAAAUUGUUUGAAUUGCUUAAUUUCCAUGUCUUUUAUCUAUAAGAGGAGAGCAAAUUUAUGCAACAGUAUCCAGUUACAGAACUUCCAAGGCUAUGAGAGAACGCAGUCAGCACAGUCUCAGUGGACAUGCACUAUAUGUAGGACUCUUUAGACACCCAGGAAUGCUUCACAGGGCUAAAUACAGUAGGUUUAGGGAUGAUUCUAUAACAUCAUUAGAGGAAGGCACACAAAAUAGUUCUUUAAAUAUCAAAGGCUCUUCUUCAUCUUCUCUUUCCUCAACACCUCAUUUGCCAAUUGAGGAUGUCAACUUGGGGACACAGGACAGCUCCACCACCUUGUGCACUUUGAUACCCCGAAUGGCUAAUAUUAAAUUAUCCAAUCCAUCUAAUCUUCCUGGUUUAAAAAACUUCUGUCUGGGGACAAAAGAGGUGCCAAGAAUUAAACUCACAGAGUGUGUUACAGUUCCAGGCAGCCCGACCUCACCAGAAAUCAGUUUACUAAGCUGCCUGCCUGCUUCUUAUCCACGGCAGGAUCCGGAGAAACUCGAUGUAAAUACAAAAUCUCAAGAUGACUGCGUCUUGUUGGGCUUUGAGUCUGCCUCUCUAAGCAAACAGGACAGCCCCCUGGUGCAGAGUGGAGAGGGCAUUGUGAAGACUGGCAUGACCUACUGUGUACGUUACAUGGGCUGUAUUGAAGUGUUGCAGUCAAUGAGGUCUCUGGACUUUGGCACCAGGACACAAGUCACCAGGGAAGCAAUAAGCCGACUGUGCGAAGCUGUGUCAGGAACAAAUGGAGCUAUAAAAAAGCGGAAGCCUCCAGUUAAAUUUCUGUCUUCUGUGCUUGGCAAAAGUAACCUUCAGUUUUCUGGCAUGAAUAUAAAACUGAUCAUCUCCAUGAGCAGCCUUACUUUGAUGAACGUUGAUAACCAGCAGAUUAUUGCAAACCACCACAUGCACUCCAUCUCAUUUGCCUCUGGAGGUGAUCCAGAUACAACUGACUAUGUUGCAUAUGUAGCUAAAGAUCCUGUUAAUCAGCGAGCAUGCCAUAUAUUGGAAUGCCCCAAUGGAAUGGCUCAGAGUGUAAUCAAUACCAUAGGGCAGGCUUUUGAGCUUCGAUUCAAGCAAUACUUGAAGAAUCCUUCUACUUUGAUUACUUCCAAUGAAAGUGAAGUAAUGAAUCUUGAUGGAUCAGCUUGGAAUAUACAGGAGAGGGAGGAUCAUGACUAUUACAAUGAAAUUCCAGGAAAAGAGCCUCCUACAGGUGGACUAUUAGAUAUGCGAAUGAAAGUGCAAAUGGACCAAAGGGCAAACUGUCCCAUACAAUGUGAAAAGCAAUACGGUUUGGCUGGCAGUCCCAAAUGCAUCAACAUAUAUGAAAACUGUCCAGAAGAAAACAAAUCAGUGGGUAACUGUGGUGAAAGAUCACUGAAGGCAAAAAAAGAUGUGUCCUUGCUGAAACCUGCUUGCAAAAUGGAUCUUUUUGAUGACCCUUGUUACAUCAACACUCAGACCCUGCAAACUACAGCUUAUACAGCUAGAGGCCUUGCAUCAGCCCAGGUCUAUGGGAGCCCACUGUGUCAUGAGAAAUUGACAGAAGCUGUUCAGCAGCAUGCCACAACCAACAUGGAUAGUGCAUGUGUUCUGUCACAGAUAAAGCAACAGUUGAGAAAUGAAGAUUGUUACCAUGGCAAAUUAAACAGGAAAGCAGCAGAGACCCUGUUGGUCAACGAUGGGGAUUUUUUGGUGCGAGAGAGUGCAACGUCACCUGGUCAAUAUGUACUGAGUGGAUUGCAAGGAGGGCAAGCAAAGCACUUACUGUUGGUGGAUCCUGAAGGCAAGGUGAGAACCAAAGACCAUGUGUUUGAUAGUGUGGGUCAUCUUAUUCGCUACCACAUGGAAAAUAAUCUGCCAAUCAUCUCUUCUGGAAGUGAAGUGAGCUUGAAACAGCCAGUGAGAAAAAAGAGUAACAUAGGACACAUGCAAUACAACAAGUAAUGCUGUUGGAUCUGAAAAUUCCCAAGGCAAUUCAUUUGUGAAAACUGCACUGGCUAUUCUUAAACUUCAUUACUACAAAGCCAACUCAAAAAGUAUGAACUGCACUUUUCAGCUGCUGUUAUGGAAGACUUCUUUUUAUGUGUAUGUAUGAAUAUAUGUACAUCUAUGUAGAGCUAUGGAGAUCAGUAAACACAGCUAUAUAGAUAUAUAUAUAGUGUUAAUCUCAGCAAAAUGAAACCCCUGGAGUAGUGUGAGAGAUCCAGUUGGGAAAAAAUAUUAAAGACAUGCACAGAUGUCACUUUCAAGGUCAUAUUGAAUCAGUAACUAUUUUAAAAGCACAAUUAAACUUUUAAAUGAAAAAGCUCACUUGAACAAACUGCUGGGACAUUAGUAUGUGCCUUUUAGUAAUGGAAUUAUUGGAAACAAAUAUUAUUUAUAUUGGAUUAGUUUCAAGUGGAUAUAUGAACAUGUAUAGGUUUAUAACUAUUUGCCAAAACAAACUAUUUGAAUAUUACUAACAUGUCACUUGCUUACAGUAGACACUAAUUUUAUUUCAUUUUGCUUAUAACAGCACUUUAAUAGCAAAUCAUGUUUGGAAUUAAUUGCAUACACAAUAUGGAAAGGUUGCCUGUUUUCUUAGAAACAAUUAAUUUUUUAAUCAUUGUCUGCUCAAAAAUUUGAGAUUAUGAAACAUUUACUAAAUUGAAAUAAAGAUAUGUAAAUGAAAUAUAAUUUUGGAAUAGAAUGUAUCAAAAAGCAAGCAUGCUGGAGCCUAAUAUUUUGGUGUCUUGCAUAUAAUUUUAUUAUUAUUGCCAAUAAUUACUGGAAGUCUCUUUUUUAAAACUAGGUUAUAUACUGUAUAUUUUUAAUUGAUUCCAUAGAUAUUUAUGGCUUAGCAAAACUGAACGAGACAAAUAAUACAUUUUGAGGAAAAAAACUAUUUAAAAAAACUAUUUGAAUUUUGCAUGUUCUAGAGAUUAUUGUACAUACUUAUUUCCAAAAUGAUGUGAUAACUUCCCCUUGCUUAUUUAGAUUCCAUUUGAUCAUAAACAUUGGAAAUAUCUUUUUAAGAAAAUAUAUUCUGUUUUGUCACAAUAAAUGCUGUAAUCAGCAUAUCUGAGAGGGUCAGUAGUUUAUUGGUAGUUAAGAAGCAGUGUUUCAAUGAGUAAUAGGAAUAAGAAGGUGGAAGUGGAACUGAAGGUUCUUGUGGGGAGUUAUCUAAGGUUUAAAAGCUGGCCACAUUUUUCAGUUUUUCUGACAAUUCUGAAAAACUGAAACAAAGUUUUGUUUUGGGUAGGAAAAAAAGCCAAUUUCACAAAUAGCUCUGGGUCAACCAAAAGUGCAUUUUUAGGGGAAUAAAUCAGUUGCAGAGAAUAAUGAGCUCUGCUCUAAUAAGGAUAUCCUUGAUUGUGCCAAAUGGCAUCACUUAUUUUAAAACCAAUAAACGGCACCCACAAUUUGCCAAAUUCAAUUCCAUUAUCCUCUGAUAAAUGAGCUUCACCAGAAACAAGGAAAUUUGGUGUCCUCCAUUCAAUAUGAACAUUGUAUAGGAUGUUACAAAAAUAGAUUUUUGCUUUUUGAAAGAAAAAAAAAAGGCUCACAUAUAGGAUAAAAGAUCUGGCAACUGAGGACAUAGUUUUCCAUUGAAGGAAAAAUUGGAUUAUUUGAAGAGCAGUUUUUAAGUGGUGUGCAAUGACUUCCCAUUUUUCACCAUUAGUUUCUAGGCUGAAAAAACUAUAAUCUUUCAUCCAGUGUAAUAAAGUCAUUAGAAUAUUCAGUUCACGUACACACCUUGAAGCAAGGAGAAGAUUUGAAAUGUCGCUGUAUCUGAUUGAUUAACGGCCUAGUAUGGUUCCAAUUUGGUGCCUUCAGGACUGAAGACCUAUGUUAAUUCUAUUUGCUCAUAGCAAAGGUUCUAAUCCGUGGAUCAGAGCCCCAAAGAGUGUCAUUUAAGAAUUCUGUUACGUUGCUGGCAAAGUGGUGUCAGGUACUUGUUGGUGCUCUGCAUACUCUCCCUUAGCUAGAGGACCACAGUGUAACUUGCUCAAUAUAUGUGCAUUAAACCAAGGGAGGAGCAGAGAGAACCUCUUU